UGUUUAAUGGGUUUGGUUCGAUUCGGAAGUGUGAACUCCUCUCCCAGAUUGAGAUAUUUCCGUGUUUAAAGUCAAAAGUCAUCCAACACGUCCAAGUUGACCGACCGACCACUAUGGCGUUGGCACCAUCCAUCCCUGAUGCUCAUUCGCAUUUUCUAAUCCGACGACUUAUGGCGCCCUGAAUUGCGAGAUGCCAUCGCUUCAAGCGCGCUCUCCGCCCUCCACCUAGUGGAUUUUAGUACUGUCAGCAACUCCUAGACCUUGCUUAGGACGCUACGCUCAACACCUACGUGCAGUCAAGGAACAACUUAACCUAAUUAAAGACGUCUAGCUUUAGCCUUUAUCUGCUCAGAUCUAAGGAAGUAUCCCAAGCCCACUUCCAGAUGCACCGUCCAGAUCACGAUGGAAAAGGAAAAAAGAAAACUUGCAGACUGCAGACGCCUUCCGUUUCUAAGGUUAUAUGUCAUGUGUUCUGUCCCACAAGCCUGUUUUUGUGUUCCCUAGGCUUCUAUGCCGGCCCUGGGAUCCCGCAACUGCGGUCAAAAGUCACGAGAUUGACAUAUGCGCACGCUUCAUUUUAUACACGGUCGCAAUUAAUUAUGGACAUCGAUGUGACUGGAAGUGCAUGGAUUUGAGGACCCGGGGGUUCUAAAAAUAUUGGAGGGCGUUGACUCGACCAUCUCGAGCUUCUCCAGGUCUCGGAUUGCUGAAUCUCGGAGCUCCUGAUAGCCCUCAUAAUUAUGGCCCCGCAGAUUAAAGAAACGAAUCUAGGAAACAGAAAAUCCUGGACUCCAAUCGCAAAGCAUCUCCGACUCCUCAAUCUCUCUGCUUCGUUUCUCAGUGGCCAUACAGGUGUCGACUCCAAGAUCCCCCCUUCUCUUCUCCUGGCCAGAGCUUCAAGGGGUCAAGAUUCAGGUACUUUCAAAAAGCAAUUUCCCGUUAUUUUCUCUUUUCGGGGCCUUUCGGUAAUACUAGUAUACGGAAAAAGCGAAGCAUUGUCGUUGUCCGAUUGGUUAUUUAUGCGCCGGAUAUUAUGAUUAGCUCUAGCUAGAUCGUGACCUCAGAAGGCGGUUGUUUUUGAGCUUGAGAGGUGGAAGAUGCGGAAACCGAAUGUUCUUGUGAAGUUAGGGACCUGGAGGGCAAUCCCUAAGUUUUUCUUUGUAUUGGGCGGCUUCGGCGUUCUCAUCUACGUCGCCACUCUGUUCAACUUCUACUCUCUUAGAUCUCUUCAUAUUCCCGAUACCUUCUGCAAUAACAUCAACCAAGACAGAGCUGGGACUGAGGUUAGAGCAACCAUCGACACGGUCAUUCGCAAAAUCCAGGAUGAAAUUAGCACGGUAGGGUAUAUGUCCGCCAACACGUCAUUGUCGGAGUUCGCGUCGCGAUACAGCCACUUUCUUGUGGAUAUCUUGGGGCUUAUUGAGUCGGUGGAAGCCUCGUUGCCAUCGGAUCAGGGGACUGGUCAAAUCAGGACUGUCCAUCCUCUGGCAAAGCCGAAGGAGCGAUCUGAUGAGCCGGUCGAUUACUUCCUUAUUGAAGAGAUACGCAAGUACGUGAAGAUUAAGCCCAACAGGUUGGGGAAACAGAACUUUAUGGGAGCAAAUGGGACUUUCACAAGCAUUGGCCAUGCUUGCUUUGCCAUGAAGAAAGAUUUGGAGGAGUACAUGGACUAUGAUGUUGGUGAGAUCUGCAACGAUGAUUGGAAACUAGCUCAGAGGCUCAUGGUUCAUGGGUGUGACCCGCUCCCCCGGAGGAGGUGCUUCUCGAGGGCACCGCAGCUAUACCACAAGCCGUUUCCCAUCAACGAGUCCAUAUGGAAGCUUCCAGACGAUCGCAAUGUUCGUUGGGGCGGGUAUCGGUGCAAAAACUUCACUUGCUUGGCGAGAAAUUCUACUGGCAAAGGAUUCUUCAAAUGCGCGGACUGCUUCAAUCUCACCAGUCAUGAAAUGCCCAGAUGGGUUAAACCGAUCUAUAUCGAUCCGAACAAAAAUCUAACUACGGAUUUCGUCAUACCUGAAGUGCUUGCUAUCAAGCCUGGAGAGAUCAGAAUUGGAUUGGAUUUCAGUGCUGGGACCGGGACUUUUGCCGCUAGGAUGAGGGAGUUCAAUGUCACUAUCGUCACAGCGACGAUAAAUCUUGGCGCACCUUUCAAUGAGAUGAUCGCUCUGCGUGGUUUCGUGCCUCUUUACUUGACGAUAAAUCAGCGGCUGCCGUUCUUCGACAAUACUCUCGAUUUGAUCCACACUACGAGGUUCUUGGAUGGGUGGAUCGACUUCAUUCUUCUGGACUUUGUGUUGUAUGAUUGGGAUCGAGUGUUGAGGCCUGGUGGCCUUCUGUGGGUAGAUAGCUUCUUCUGCUUGAAGGAGGAUCUGGAUGACUAUUUGGAAUCCUUCAAGAUGCUGAGGUAUAAGAGGCAUAAAUGGGUUGUGAUACCAAAGUUGGAUAAAGAUGACAAGGAGGUGUUCUUCUCCGCCGUGCUCGAAAAGCCGCCGAGACCCUUCCGAUGAAUGCAUUUUCCAGACAGUUCCCCGAUUCAUGAAUGUCCACUUCGAUCGCUUUGUUUUGUAAGGGCCGAUGUGUUCGAUUAUGCAAUGUUGAAAGUAGAUAGGCCUUUGUGCUUCAGGAAAAUCUUUUGUUCUUACACAUGAUGAAGCAAUUAGCUGAUCAAGGCGUUGAUUUGGUUU